GCUUUUUGCCUCAGUUGCCAACUUGCCAUUUCUUUUCUGUCUAGCACAAAUCCUACCCAAAACAGAAUUUUCUACUCUCUUCUUUCAUCACUGAGAAAUUGAAGUUCCUCAAAUUCUGAUGCAGAAGAACAAAACAUAAAAUUCCAGAACAAAUGGAUCUGCACAGAGUAGGGUUGUUUCUCUCUCUCUGUGCCCUUGUAGUAAGUGUUAGAGGUGGGGACAUAGUUCAUCAUGAUGAUGAAGCUCCUCAGAAACCUGGGUGUGAGAAUGAUUUCAUUUUGGUGAAAGUGCAUACAAAGAUCGGUGAUCGAGAAGCUGACGAGUUUGUAGGUGUUGGUGCAAGAUUUGGUGCUAGGAUCGUCUCGAAGGAGAAGAAAGCUCACCACUCAAAACUUACUCUUUCUGAACCCAGGGAUUGUUGCAGUCAGCCAACAAACAAGCUUGCCGGAGAUGUCAUUAUGGUACACCGAGGUCAUUGCAGAUUCACCACCAAAGCAAAUAUUGCGGAAGCUGCUGGUGCUUCAGCAGUUCUCAUUAUAAAUGAUGCAAAUGAGCUUUACAAGAUGGUCUGUGAACCGGAUGAAACUGAUCUUGAUAUUCAUAUCCCAACCAUUAUGCUCCCUCAAGAAGCUGGUAGAAAAUUGGAGAAAAUGCUGUCAAAUAGUUCUUCAGUAUCUGUGCAGUUAUACUCUCCAACGCGACCAGUGGUUGACGGUGCGGAAGUAGUCUUAUGGCUUAUGGCAGUUGGCACUGUCCUGUGUGCAUCAUAUUGGUCGGCUUGGAGUGCUAGAGAAGCAGCCGCUGAACAUGAAAAGCUAUUGGAAGAUGCUUCAGAUGAACUCUCAAAUGUGAGCUCUGGUGGAGUCGUGAACAUCAGCACAACAUCAGCCCUACUGUUUGUUGUUGUAGCUUCAUGUUUUCUUCUUGUCCUUUACAAACUGAUGUCAUCUUGGCUCAUUGAGCUGUUGGUGGUGCUGUUUUGCAUUGGUGGUGCAGAGGGAUUACAAACAUGCUUGGUUGCUUUACUUUCAAGAUGGUUCAAAUUGUUCUCACACUCAUAUGUUAAAGUACCUUUUCUUGGAGCUGUCUCAUACCUCACUUUAGCUGUUUCACCAUUCUGCAUCACAUUUGCGGCCCUGUGGGGAGUUUAUCGAGAUCUCAGUUUCGCCUGGAUUGGUCAAGAUAUACUUGGAAUAGCUUUGAUAACGACAGUUAUUCAAAUUGUUCGGAUCCCAAAUCUCAAGGUGGGCGCGGUUCUUCUCUCUUGUGCCUUCUUGUAUGAUAUAUUUUGGGUCUUUGUUUCGAAGAAGUUAUUCCAUCGGAGUGUGAUGAUUGUGGUAGCCCGUGGUGAUAAAAGUGGAGAGGAUGGUAUUCCUAUGCUGCUAAAAGUUCCACGGAUGCUUGACCCAUGGGGUGGCUAUAGCAUCAUUGGUUUUGGUGACAUCCUUUUGCCAGGAUUACUACUAGCAUUUUCUCUCAGGUAUGAUUGGUUGGCAAAGAAGGGUCUUCUAGCUGGAUACUUCUUGUGGACGAUGAUUGCUUACGGAUUAGGUCUUCUCAUAACUUAUGUCGCUCUAACUUUGAUGGACGGACAUGGUCAACCUGCCUUGCUUUACAUAGUCCCUUUUACUUUAGGAACACUACUGAUGCUGGGGAAAAAGAGAGGCACUCUCAAGAUUUUGUGGACGAGAGGGGAACCCGAAAGACCUUGCUCUCAUUUGAAUAUGAGUUUAUCCGAAGAAUAGAUUCAAGAACGCGUAGACCAUCGGUUAAAUUCUAUGUAAAAUUCUAUAAAUUCUAUGUAGUAAUUCGACGAUUGUUAACUGUUAAUCUCAUCUUCGAAACUGAAAAGAGGUGUGUGUGAUAAGAAGAUCACCCUUCAAGAAUCAAGGCUUCAGUUUUCUACUGUCAAGAAGCAGGAAAGAAUGUAUAAUCUGUCUAAUUUUGCCAAACUAGUGUGUGUUUAUAUAUAUAAUCUGUCUACUUAGCAGGAAAGAAAGAGUUUUUCGUAAUGUAUUUAUUUUUAAGGCAAAAGAUUAGUGCAUGUAUUAAUUUGAGGACAAAUUGAAUGUAUAAUCUGUCUAAUUUGCCAAAUUAGUGUGUGUUUAUAUAAUCUGCUUAUUUAGCAGGGAAAGAAAGAGUUCUUCGUAA